CCGCGCCGCGGGCGAGCGGCCGGCCAGCCCGUGGGAGCUGGUGAGGCCUUCGGUGACGGAGCUGUCGCGGGCCGUCCGGAGCAACAUCCUGUGCACCGUGCCGGGCUGCGGCAAGGUGCUGCCCAACCCGCCGGCGCUGAGCAUGCACCUCAGCAAGGCCCACCGCGUGCAGCAGGACGGAAAAAUAAAUCCUGCAACAAGGAAAGACUUGAAAGCACGACAGAAGUACUACUGCUGUCCUAUUGAGGGCUGUCCUAGAGGACCAGGAAGGCCUUUUUCACAAUUCUCUCUCGUAAGGCAGCACUUCAUGAAAAUGCAUGCUGAAAAGAAGCAUAAAUGUGAUAAAUGUAGCAAUUCCUAUGGCACCAUAUGGGAUUUGAAGCGGCACAUCGAGGACUGUGGCAAGACCUUCCAGUGUACCUGUGGAUGCCCCUAUGCCAGCAGGACAGCGCUGUUGUCUCAUAUUUAUCGAACUCAGCACGAGAUCCCUGUCGAACACAGGGAUCCACCGAGUAAGAAAAGGAAAAUGGAAAUGGCAGCAUCCAGUCAUCAGCUGGGAGAGAAAGCAAAAGAAAGCUCUGGCGGCGCAGUCAGCAGAUGUACCAGCACUCAAGACUUGGAGACAUCGGAGAUUAAACUGGCAGCUUCUUUAGAAGAUGCCACCCUUUCCUGUACCGCUAAGCAAACACAGGCACAGCCAAAAAACGCACCAAAGCUGCUUCUACCGAAGCCCAAAGUAGCUUUGGUUAAACUUCCUGUAAUGCAGUUUACUCACUUGCCCAUAUUCCUAUCAGCACCAGACUCUUCCGUGAAACCUGUUGUAGUUGCUGUGGACGACAAAGGGUCUGUUAUGAGCACUGUUCACUUAAUGCCACUGCCUGUCGGGAUUGUGCUACCAGCAAUGGAGGCUGAGGCGCUUGCAUUUAAAGACGCGUCACCCCUUUCCAAAACCAAAAGCUCCCUCAGCUUUGAGCCGGUCAGCACAGGUAUCCAAGUCAAUUUGGGAAAAGCCACGUCAAAUAAUACAGUGCAGGGUCUGGAGGCCGUAUGUUACAAGAACGGGAUCUGUUCCACCAACGUCCAGACGGACCUGUCCUAUAUUUCGCAGAACUUUGCACCCUCUGCAUCCUGGGCUCCUGAUUCCUCCGUGUCCUCUUGUUCUCAAACAGAUCUGACAUUCAGCUCACAAGUUCUGCUGCCCAUUAGCGUUCAGACGCAGACUCUGUUGCCUGGUUCAAAGCUGACCUCAUCCAUCGCUGCUCAGACGGAUGCUUUUGCCCAGGCGUGCUUUCAGCCAUGUGGAAUUUCGAGAGAGACUCAGACCAGCAGGUCACAGAAAGGGAUCGAUGAAAGAGUACAAAUGGAUCAGGCUGUGAUGUGCAAUGACAUUUUUGAUGACGUUACGGCAUCGUUUGAUUCAUCCCCAGUGGUCCUGUCGGGCAGCAACUUGAUCACAAGUGGACUGGAUCAGAAUUUGCUACAAAGAGGAAACUGCAAGUCUUUGAGUCGGGACACAAAACCAGAGAUGGUGAUCAACUUCAACACACAAGUUACGACUGACAACCAAACCCAGACGAUGGAGUUAUUGAGUGACCUUGAAACUAUUUUUUCAGGUAACUCCGCAGAGCAGGCACUGGAUAACCACGGUCUUCUGACAGAUGCUAACCCUCAUGCUGACCCACCCCUGCCUUCUGGCCCUACCCAGAAUGCAACAAUAGAUUUUGACAUUGAGGAUUUCUUCACUGCCUCCAAUAUCCAAACGCAGACGGAGGAGGCCGAAUUUGGUAACCUGACCUCUGAGCCCGUCUUGGAAUCACUGGAUAUUGAAACCCAGACAGACUUAUUUUCCGAUAACGCAGUGCCGCCGUAUAACUGCAGAGGUAAUGCUAACUUUUUAGGCUUGGAGAUGUUUGACACGCAGACCCAGACAGACUUAAACUUCUUCUUGGACAGCCCCCAUCUGCCUUUGGGCAGCAUCCUGAAGCAGUCCGCCUUCUCCAUGAGCACAGACUCGUCUGACACUGAGACACAGACAGAAAUGCAGUUUCCAGAGAGGACUGCCUUAAGCCAAAUGGUGGAGAGCAAAGUGCAGCUGAACAGCGCCGAGACCCAGACGAUGGACAGCUGCUUUGAAACCUUCGGCAGCUUAUUCCUUACCAGCAAUGAAACUCAGACUGCCAUGGAUGACUUCUUGCUGGCUGACUUGGCCUGGAAUACAAUGGAGUCACAGUUCAGCUCGGUAGAAACCCAGACUUGUGCAAAACUGUGCUCUUUGUUUCAGGAUUCCGAUAAGGCCAGCCAGUGAGUGCUGUUUUCAUGA